AAAGCUUAGUUGGAAAAUUCAAUUUUUCGGAAAUCAAAGUAUUUGUUCAGCAAAUUUAUUUGUAAUGUAAUAAUCAGAGCGAAGGACAUUUUUAUUGUUUAUUUAAACAGUUUAGUUAGUUCUGUAUAAAAUUCUGAAGGCGAAUCAAUUGCAAUAAAAUGAUUCUUUUAUAAAUCAGAAUGACUGAUAAUUUGAUACAGGUUGAAGCAGUAUUUGUCGAGAAAAUAAACGAAGAAGUAAUAUUCGAGUGUGAAAAUGAGAUAUGGAACGAAGUUUUUGAAUUAGAAAAAGAAAAAGAAAAUAGAAACGGAACAGGAGAUACCAAAAUCCUGAAAGAAAAGGCGUUAGAUUUUAGGAAACGAUUUCCAGGACUUGUUUUGGCAGUAGUGGGAGACUCAGAAAGCUUUGUACCUAGACCUUGGAAUGCAACAGCAUUUACCGCGGAUCUUAUUGAUACACUGAAAAAAGUGAAAGAAAGUUGGUUGAUUUAUCGUGGAAAAGAUAUUGGCAUUAGUUCUUUUAUCUACAAUGCAUUUGAAGAAGACAUUAGAACGAAUGGAACAUUAGCAACUAAACUAAUUGCAGUCAAGCCAAAGGAUGAGAAAAUUCUAGGAAAACCUAACCAACAGAAACAAACAACAACCGGCCAAUCGAAAGAAUCAAAAAAUCAGUUGUCCUUUAAACUACCAUCUAUGAAUGAGAAAGACUGGUUCAACAUUGGUUUGAUUGAACUUUUAAAAUGUUUAUCAGAGAAAACAACACCUCUUCUGUCGUUCAUUACGGAAAACGAGGAUAGCAAACAAUAUCAUAAUGAACUGCCCAUGGAAAUUCCAGUCUUAUUGGUGGUAGCUGAAGGCGAUAUAGAGACAAUUCACCAAGUGGAGUCGUCUGUUGAAUCCAAUAUUCCUGUUCUUCUGGUAAAAGGGUCGGGAAAAGCUGCAGAUUUAUUGGUUGACUACCUUACUAGCAGACAACUAACGAGUGAGAAAACAGGACUGCUAAAGAACAAUGCCCCGACAUUAUUUGGAACAAUAUUUACGAAGAGUUCAUUCUACAACCUUGAGCAGAGAAUGAAAAAGAUACAAGAAAAUAACCAUCUGAUAACUGUUUAUGAUGUAGAACGAGCAGAUGAGAUUACCUUAGAAGAUACUAUAGUAGAUGCAAUCAUUAAAGGAUGGUCUUUAAAACAUAUAAAAGAUGACCAAGGCGACGCAAUUGGAAAAUCUCACAAGUUAGCACCUAUAAUGUCGGAAGUGUUGAAGGAUCUUUGUACUAAUCAAGUUGGAGACGAAACCAAAUCGACAAACGUUGAUUAUACGAUACCUGAUGAAACAUAUAACACCGCUAUCAACACAUCCUUAUAUAUUAGCGAUUUGACACCACCAGGAACACCCGAACCUGCUAUUGAAAUAAUACUGAAACAUGACGAAAAUGAGUCAUCGAUAGAAACCGAUACAAAUGCUGAAAACAAAUUAAUAAAUGACAAUGAGACACUAAGAGCAACAGAUGGCACUGCUGAAGAAACAUCUACAAGUGGUAAUAGUAAGACAGCAGAUGAAAAAUCUAACAAGCUAAUGGAAAUUUUACAGUUUUCACUUGAACCUGGAUCGUUGUCAUUGUAUUUUUAUAUUGCUUAUCAGUACAGUCAAGACCCAAACAGAGAAAAAUAUAAAACUAAGAAUACCCAGAUACUCUUGUUAGAAGCAAUCAUCGCAGAUCGUGUUGAGUAUGUGUCAGCCAUGCUACAACAUGGAAUUGUAUUCAAUACGGAACACUUCGAGGGUUUGUAUGAUGAGACCUUUAGAUGUGAAGAUUGCAAGGCAAAAGACUGUCGGUCAAUGCAUGCUAUUCAUCAUCGAUGUGACAAUUCAAUAUGUAAUUUCAUCUGGUGCACAUGUCUGCAGAACUGUAAAAAGUGUAACGAAAAAGCUUCAAUGAAUGGGCAUAGUAAACAUUGUGUAAGACAUGGAGGACAUAUAUUUGCAGUUGGCAUUGAACUCAAAGUUGAUGUAUGCUUACAAGCUAGAUAUCUAUGUCAGAAACUGCUUAAUUUUAACCUAAUUGAUGCAACAGAUACAAAAGAAGAAGACAAAGAACAAGUGUACUACGAUCUGCUAGCAUGGGCACUUCUUGGAAAUAAAGUUGAACUUGCCACCGUCUUCUGGUCCAAGUGUAAAAAUCAGCUUUUGACUGCUAUUAUGGCAAGCAGCAUCUUGAAAUCUAUGGCCAGCAACGUUGAAUCUACAAAAGACAAGAAACUGUACGGAGAGUUAAUGGAACAUUCAAAAUUAUUUGAGAACAGAGUAAUCGAAAUGCAAAAUACAUUAUAUGAAAAAAGAGAAAUCGAGACAAUGGAUUUAAUGGAAAUCGAAGAUGAGAUUUUAGGAAUGAAAGUUUCUCCAAUGGUUCUGGCAUUUGAAAAUAAAAUGAUAGAUGUCAUUGGACACCCCUGCAUACAACGUCGUUUGAACAGAAUUUGGUAUAACUUUAACCCAACGGAUUCUCCUUUCUCUUUCUCAGAUGGUCCAAACAACCUUAAUAUACCUGCGUCUGGUGCAGCAGCUAAAUGGACGGACUGGUUUAAGAAUUUGUAUCGAUUUACUGAAAGUAUAUGGAUGGAACAGACAUGGCUGUCACCAUUGAUGGUUUUCGCUGUGCACUACUUAUUUGUUUUUGCUGUUAUCGUUUGGUUUAGCGCAUUUGUACUCACAGAUCUUGAUAUAAUAGGCAGUGUUUCUGAAAUAGGAAUCUACGAGUGGCUUUUGUACAUUUGGUUAUUUGCUGACUUCUGCGAGGAAAUCAUAGUACCGCUCAUAAUAAGAACGCAGUAUAAGAGAAGUAAACACACACUUUGGUUUAAGCUGAAAAGAUUUGUUCGCAAUGUUUGGAAAGUUCUAACAUGUCUGUCUUAUCUGAUAAUUCUAUCAGCAGUAUUCAUGCGAAUCGAGAAUUCCUCUUCCAACCAUAGAAUAACCCUUAGAUUAUACAGCCUUGGUCUUUUCACAAUGUAUAUGAGAUUUCUCCAAUGCAUGAUUGUCCAUAGCUACUUCGGUCCAAAAAUCAUAAUGAUUGGCGAAAUGUUGCUAGAGUUGAUAAAGUUCGUGUGGAUUUUUAUUGUUUUUAUGAUGUGCACUGGUGUGCUUUACCAUGCUAACAUGUAUCCAAGUCAUUUCGACAUGUGGUCACAGAAAAGUGUGACAUAUUGGAGAAUCUGGAAAAUUAUAUCCUUACCGUAUUGGCAGCUCUAUGGUGAACUGUUUCUAGAUGAGAUACAAGGUGACAAAUAUGAGGACAAUGUAACAUGUACGUUUGUGGAAGCUGACUGGGAAAGUAACCCAGAUAUUGAACGUUGUGUUGACUAUGACUGGGUAGUACUACUAAUCGCUGCUUUAUACAUGCUGUUCACGAACCUCUUGUUGGUUAACCUCAUUAUUGCUUUAUUUACAUUCCGUUUUGAAGAAGUUCAGCAAAAUUCAGAUCGAUUAUGGAAAUUUUGGAGAUAUUCAAUCAUCACUGAAUUCAGAAGACGUUAUCCUGUUCCAUUGAACCUGCCACUGUUGCCAUUGAGAAUAGUAAAACUCUGCCGUCUCAGAAAUGCGAAAUUGAACUGUUGUAAGAAACCCAAGGUACACUGUUCAUCUCAUACAGAAAGAGAACAGACAGGAAAUUCAGGAGGAAAAAGAAGGCAGAUACUUAACAAAAUUCAACCAUUACAAACGUUACAUGCUAACAGAUGUCUGUAUUCUCCAUUAAAAGAUACACUUCAGAAACACUGAUUCAUAAAUGUAAAAUUGUGACAAUAAGAUCAAGGUUAAAAGUAGAAGUUAACAUUCUAAUUUUUUAAGCAUAUUUCCUGCAAAUUAAAAAGACAACUUCAUUUUAUAAGCAAUUUCAUUCAAUUAACUUUAAAUUGAUUUGGAGUAAUCUGUAACUUAGUCACAAUAUUCACUUUUUCGUACAUUGAAAUAUUCUUAUGCAUUCCAAAGAACAACAAUGAUUUUAAUCGAGGGUAUUUAACUUCGAGAUUUCUUCCUACAAAAACGAAGAGUUAGAAAACGUUUUAACAAAAUUGAUUUUUGUUCUUAAUUGGCCGAUUUUUACCAGUUUUAAUUCAAUCGAACAGUUUGGGGAAAGUCAGAUCCUUUUUUGGUUUAAUCAUAAUUUGUCUGUAAAUAUCUCAAAUAAAUGAAAAUAUACUUGAGUGUUCACAAAUUUAUGCACUCAUUUGCCAGGUUAUCGUUCCAAAUUAUCCUCAUCAAAUACGCUUUUGUUAUAAAUACAAAUAUUAAGUUAUUGUUUGGAAAAUUGUGUGACACUUGCUAUUUUAUGAAGCACAUAAAGCUUUUGGGUUUUACAAAGCAAAUCAUAGACUCAGCCAUCGCUUUCUUAAGCGAGUAGUAUACAGUGAUGGAGAAGUCAUUCCGUUCUUUCCGCCGAUGUACAAAAUUUUACUCGCAUGCUUUUGUUUUGCAUCUCCUAUUUAAUUUCUUAAUCCGAAAGAUUUAUUGCGUUCUAAAUUAAUUUGGCAUGAUCAUGAAUUAGCAAUAACCUUACACAGCAGUACACGUUUCAAGUAUCCUUGACCCCUUAUUCGAAUUUAUGUACACUUUCUCAGAAUCUUGACAAUAUAAGUAGUUGUACACCUCUUAUUUGGAUUUGGGUUCGAAUUAUGUUUGGAGUAUCCGUAGGCAAUUAUAUUCUUUACGUUUUUAAUAUCUAGAGCGUGUUCCUCCUCAACUCUUAUUAGAAAUUAUUGAUUUUCUUACAGAAUAUAAAUCAUAUAAUAUUAGUGUACACCUCGCAUUGUGUUUUUAAGGUUUCCGAAGGCAAGUUAUAGACCCUUUCCAUUGUUAGUGUUGGUGCAUUAGUGUAUGAGCCUUGCCCACAGAACCUCUAUUUUCAAUAGAUGUCAAGAAGUAAUCUACAAAAGCCUAUAAAAUAUCCAUUCUCUUUUCUUAAAAAUAAAUUUCUUUAAGAAUUGAAUGCUUCUUUUUGUACUUUUUUUGAGAUAUGAAUGUGUUGACCGAAGAAUAUAAUGUUUAAAGGACUUUUUAUUUGGAUAUACAACAUCACUUUAAAACAGCACAAUCAUGAUUGUUUCAUGCCAAUCAAAGUGAUAGAACCCUUUUCAAAAAUAUUUGUAAUUCAAUCAUGAUAAUUAUUAUGAUUAUAGGUUUUGACUUAAAACACUUAUACAUGUAUUAAAUUUUAUGAAUAAUAACAAACUUUUUGCAUCCUGUCGUGUGAUUUAUUUUUGCCAGCAAGCAGAAUAAAGAAGUAUGUUUCGCCAGUUUCUAAGCAUUAUAUUAUAACGAGCUUUAAAUUUUUCUCCUUUGUGCAAGUUUCUUCGGGAAAUUGGAUGUGACUUUUACAACGUGUUUUAGGUCCUUUAUGAAAAUAUAGCUCUUCAACUGUUUCGGUUGUUAUAUAUCCUUGGCUUUCAAAUAUUCGGCUUUGAGCGUUCUUGAUGAAGGAAAAUCCAGAAAAGCCUCUGGACGCAUGAAAUUUAUCACGCGUUGUUUUCAUUUUUUCCCGCCUUCCGGUAGUUUUUCAUCGAGAAAAUAUAUAUAGGCUCUGAAUUCGUCUCUUUUUGCCAGCUUUCUAUUAAUUUUCUACAGUCUUGUACUUCAAAUUUAUUUUGUUUUAAAAAAAAAUAUCAGUUUGAAAGAGGCUGACAUGAUCCGACACAAUUAUGACACUUGCCCGCAAAUUCAUAUACAUCUGCUGUAAAUGAUAUUUACUUCAAAUUAGUUUGUAUAUUAAAUAUAUAUAAGUACAUGAUGUUUAUAUUUUCCUAUUCACCUGUGAAGGAAUUAAAAAAAAUUCAUGUAAUUACUUUAUGACUAAUUUAUUUUGAUUUUUUUAAUCAAACGUUGUAUAUAUCAUGAAUUUUAAGGAUGUUACUAUUUUGUGUUGAUGAAAUGAUUGACAUGUGCUUAAGUUAUAUUUUAAGGUUGAACGGAACAUUUGUAUGUAUUUAUGCACGAGCUUUUGUUUGUGAUUUUGAUACAUUGUAUCAUGAAAGAUACUUUUUCACCAAAUUAAGAUAACAUUAACUUUUUUUCUCGAUAGCUCCUUGUGCUAUUAACUGAAGCUUAUCGGUUACAGUGAAAAGGUAUUAAAACGAUCGAUUUAAGUGAGACAAUUGGGGGAGGGGAAGCAUUACGAACUAUCGAACUAUUACAAACAAAUAACGAAAUAACGAUUUUUUUGUUAUUUUACUUUCCAGCGGUAUCUUAAAACACAAUGUAUAAACAUGUAAAAAUAUCAUUUCAAAUUUAGAUAAGAAUAUCAAACUACAGACAUUAAUGAAUUACAAUUUUAGAAACUUUAAACAAUAGUCGUUUCCAGAGGUAGAGAGCAAAAUUCUAUGAACGGCGAUUAACAUAAUUUAAAAGAACACACUAGAAUAUUGUGAAAAAUAGUCUAUAAUUCUUUCUACAAGAACAGAAAAAAAAGAUCUUUGAAACAUCUACAUGGUUUGGUUGCCUUAAGACUACUUAUAGGGAAAAUAUAACUAGUAUGCACAAACGCUGUAUCAUUUUUGUUUGAUGUCUAUUUUCAAGAUACGUUUGUAGCUUGUUGUUUUCUUUUUAUCUAUGAAAAUGUCCUUAAUAUUCAAAUAUUAGUUGUAUAUAUUUAGUGACGCUUUUUGUGGUCAAUGAAUGAAUUCAAUACAAAGAUUUAAUA